CUUUCAGUUGCCGUUUUUCCGUUGCCGCAACCAGACGUUUGAGCCGGUUUGAAUUCGAAAAUCUUGCUCUCUUUUUCGCGCUCGUGUUUUUGUUCUUUACGAAUUCAAAACAAAAACAACUACCGAGGAGCGGACGCAUUUUGAGUUAUUUUUAAAAAGAAGAAGCUGCAGAUCUGCUCUUUUUUCUCGGUUUCUCCAUGCCGAAACCGAAAUAAAACCCAACAACAACCGAAAACCGAUUUUGUGAGUGCAAUAAACCAAACUGCAUCGGUGUAAAUAUGCGUGUUUGGUUGUGUGUUUGUGCGGUGCAUCUACGAAAAUAAAACACGCAUCAAAAAUCAUACUAUAAAUAUAUAUACUCUCAUCUAUAGUCUAACCGAUACGAGUGAAAUUAUUUGCUUAGAAAUUGGUUGGCCGAAAAUUUGAAAGCCCCAAUAUUUACAUAUAAGCCGCAGUUUGACAGUCACCCAACGGGAACGCAAAAAACCCGUCAAACGGGUUAAAAAACUCGUAAAAAAAGAGAUAUUUAUGAAAAAUCGUUACUUUUUUGUGUGAGCCAAACAGCCGAAAGCAAAAAAUCGGCAAAAAUUAUAGCAAUUACCACAGAAUAUAUCUUUAGACCCGAGAACGCCCUCAAAGAAAAACCCUGCAGUUCCAAGCCAAGUUUUGUGAAGUAACGUAGCAACAACUGCAAUUUCAGCAUCAGCAGCAUCUAUGAAAAACAGUAAUUUGAUCUAAGAACGCCCACUAAACAAGAAGAACCUUUGAAGGAGUUAACUAAAGAAGCCACAACAAUAACAACAGCUGCAACAAUUGUAGAAAAAAAACCUGUGCGUUUAUUAAAAGCUUUUGUUAGAGGUUUAGAUAUAAGAUAUUAUAUCUUUAUUAGCAGCAUAACAGAGAAAAAUAUAUCUCGAAUGAAAAAAUACAUUUUUAAAUGCAGCAAAUGCAUUUUUAAAUCAACAUUAAAAAAAAAAAACAUUAAAACCAUCAACCUAUCAAGAUACCGUAUGAAUUUUGAGCAAUAAAAACAAAAUACGAGCAACAACAUCGAAGAAACAUUCAGUAUUUUAGCUUUAAAGAUUACGAGAAGGUGGUUUUAAUGAAGUCUUAGACCAAAAUCUUAAAAGCAGCUACAACAGCAACUGCAGCAGCAACAAUCGCCGCAGCAGUAACUACUGCAGCAGCAGCAGCAACAUCAACAGUGGCAUUUCAUAGCGAAGGCGCCGAAAGACGUUGGGUGCGUCAGGCAGUCAUGGGGGUAUUGAGGUGGCGCGAUUCCCCCGGAUCGCGUAUAUCGGGCUCAAUUGGCAGCAGCAGCAGCGGCAACAGUAACACCAACAACAAUCAUCACCAUAGCAGCAGCAACAGCAGCAGCAACAACGCUCAUCAGCAGCAGCAGCAGCAACACAACAACAACCACAUCAACAAUAAUAACAACAACAACAAUCGCGAGAACCACCACCGCGGCAGCAAUACGAGUGAGGAGCGCGUGCCCCAGCCGCACUCGCCCCACGACAGCCACGCCCAUCCGCACAACGGUGGGCUGCAGCACUCGGGAUCGCGGGCAACACUGCGCCACUCGAUGAACCACUCGAGCAGCUCCACAGUCUCGGGCUCCGCCUGCAGCUCCACGCCCGCCUCGCCGCAGUUGAGUGGGGUGCAGCUGCUGUCCAACGGACACCACUACCAAUCACAGUCGUCGGUGAGCUCCAACUCGUCGAUCGUUUCGGCCAUUCCCGCCUCACAGAGAUUGCUGGAUGAGGCGCUGGCCAAGUCGGCCCCCUAUCCCAUGAUCCUGCUGCCCAUGAACGGUGGCUACUGGAUGGAUGGCACCGAACACGAGUGUGGCUACGAUGCCAGGGGAAAUCCCCUGUUGCCGCAGACCACCUGGAUGGCCAAGUUCGAGACGGACGACACGGCCAAAUGCUAUCGAAGAUUCUAUGCGGCCAGGGAGCACUCGAAUUUGGUGGGACAGGAUGAGCAGUUGGGCCCGAUUUUGAUCUCGAUCAAAACGGAAAAUGUGGCCAACCAGGAGCACAUGCGAAUCCUGAUGAGAUUGCGAACUGGCACGAUGCACGAGCUCAUUCCGGUUUCAUACCUGCUGCCGCAGCCAAGUCCGGCGAAAAUGGCACAAACAUUGAAUCCCUCAAUAACGGUGGAGAACUUUAUGCCCGUUCUGUGCCCCAAGGCAUCGCAACUCAUCAGCGUGUACGACGAACAUGUCCUCGUUUCGCAUUUCAAGUUCGGAGUGCUCUACCAAAGAUAUGGACAGACCACGGAGGAGGAACUCUUCGGUAACCAGCAGACAUCGCCAGCCUUCGAUGAGUUCUUGGACGUGUUGGGUCAGCGGAUCAGGCUCAAGGAUCACAAGGGCUACAGGGGAGGACUGGACAUCCAGAAUGGUCAUACGGGCGAUACAGCUGUCUAUGAGGUUUUCAAGGAGCGCGAGAUCAUGUUCCAUGUAUCAACUCUAUUGCCCCACACCGAGGGCGAUCCGCAGCAAUUGCAAAGGAAACGACACAUUGGCAAUGAUAUUGUGGCCAUCGUUUUCCAGGAGACCAACACUCCCUUCUCGCCCGACAUGAUCGCCAGUCACUUUUUGCACGCCUUCAUCGUGGUCCAGCCCAUUGAGCCGAAUACCCCACAUACCCGCUACAAGGUCAGCGUUACGGCCCGCGACGAUGUGCCCUUCUUUGGUCCCACGCUGCCCAAUCCCGCCGUCUUCCGCAAGGGUCAGGAAUUCAAGGAGUUCAUCCUGACCAAACUGAUCAAUGCGGAGAAUGCGUGCUACAAGGCUGAGAAGUUUGCCAAGUUGGAGCAGCGCACCAGGACCUCGUUGCUGCAGAAUUUGGUAGAGGAACUGCGGGAGAAGACUCGCGAUUUUCUGGGUGCCGAUUUUACCCAGACGUCGGCAGGAAGUCCCACUCCCGAAACCCCAAAGGCGGAAGGUGGUGGUGGCGGCAAUGCCGGCUCACGCUUCAUCGACACCGUGAAGAAGGCCUUGAUUAUGAGGGUGCGGUCGCAGAGCGUGGAUACCGGAAAUGGUCAUGGACCCGGACAAACGGACAAGUUUAGCGUGAACACCAAGUUGGGCACACUGAAUGCCAAGAAGGAGGCACAUCCCGAAAUGCAGACACCCAAUCUGAAUUCCUGCAGCCGCACGGCCUCCAAGUCAUCAUCCAAGUCCAAGUCCUCGAAUGAAUCCACCUCCUCAUCUCCGGACAUUACAUCCCGGCAAGCGAACAACAACAACGGCUCCAAUGGCGGUCUUUUGCCCCAAAAUGGAUCCGCAGUGGGCGUGGCGGCGGCGGCAGUGAGUGCCGCCCAAAAUGGAGUAGUUGCCGUGGCCACCAUGUCGGAAACCAGCGAUGAUUCCAGCCUGAACAGCGUGGAUCUAGACCCCAUGAUGGCCCACUUGGAUGGCGGAGCCACCUACAUAGACAGUGAUACUGGACUGGAGAGCAUGAGUUCGGCGGAGGCCACCACCAAGGCCUGUUCGCUGUGCCUGGAUGGCGUCCAGUCCACCAUGAUGGGUAGUUCGCCCAGCAACGAGACGAUCGUCAAGAUCGAGAACCUGCGCCAGGAGGUCACGCGGUUGAAGUGCGACAAGCUGGAUCUACUCAGACAGAAUGUGACCUGUCAGCGCGACAUCAAGCGACUUAGGGAGCGGGAACUCUCUCUGCAAGGCGAUCUAUCGGCGGCUGGCAGGGAGAUCCUUCGACUGCGGGACCUUCUCAAGGAGUAUAUGCCCGAUACAGCUUCAGCACCACUCUCCAUAUCGCCCAUCUAAGCGUCCAACGCAAGCCUUUGAUUAUUGGAUUGGAUGUGGCAGGAAGGCUGGAAAAGGAGUAACCACUGUGCCGUGUAUAACACUUUGGAUAAAGAGAUCGGAUCGAAGAGCCGUUUGGAGAGUUGAAUUGAGCAGACAGUUGGCGAAGCCCCCUCCCAAAAAAAAAAAAACAACAACAAAUCAACCCCAAACAAAAAGAAAAACAAAAACUGUAUUAUAUUUAGUUUAUGUAGCUGUAGAUGCAGAUCACCAGAGAUCGGACAGGUUGCAGCAGGCAUGCGCAUGGACAAGUUAUUAUAUAUACUAUAUACAAACAGUUACAAACUAAACUAAACAAAGCGAUAAAACAGCAAACGAAAACAGAACACAAAACUCAAAAAAGUACACCAAAUAUAUAAAAUAAGACUUUAAGCAUAUUUAACGCAAGAAUAACAAAACAACCCUAAUCCUAACCCUAAAUCAUCAAACCCUAAACCCUAAACCAAUUCCAGAACCCCAUCCCCACUUUAACCUAAGUAGAAAGCGAUCAAUCACAAAGCAUCACACAGAGAUCGAUAUCGAUAUAUUAUGAUAAUAAUCACAAAACACACAAGAAAAACAAAACACAUGUAGCAAAGUUUUGAGGUUUACAAAACCGUUACUCGUUCGUUAGUCGCACCCGUAAACUGUUACUGUUGUCGUGACUGCUACUGUGACUCUCGCUUCACAUUUCAUCCCCAUAAUGGAAUAUAACUAAAUUAUAAUCGAUUUAUGAUUUUAAAUUUAAACACUCUACAAAAGCAGACCGCGAAAUAAACAAGAAAGAGGGAACUCUUAAUCUUAAGUUUAAGUUGCUUUAAAUACUUUUACCUAAACUAUAUGUUAAUUAAUUAUGACUUAAGUUUAACCAAACGCAGAAACAUCAGUGAAUUGAUGACUCACGAAAAGAAUUUGCAUGCCGCAUUCAAUGUACAUAUGUGUAGGAGCGACUAAUAAUUCUCGAUCCAUAUCCGGAUCUGUCGAAAUUAACUAUGACUAUUUUUAUUUCUAAUCGAUUA